AUCAAUACAAAUAAUUCUCUCCUACCCACUAACCAAACCAUUUUUCUUCUCUCAGCCUCAAACUCUCCAGCUUCUCUCUUAAGAAUGUUGGGCAAAAAGAUAGUUUCCUUCAAGAAACUGGCGAAGAAGGUGAAGGUUAUGGGAGGAUCAGGCAAAAGCAAGCAGUCACAAAACGAGUAUUUGCUGGGAGAAUAUGAAGAUACGGCUUCUAUGACCCCAACGCCAACAGGGUUUUUUGCAGUUUACGUGGGAGAAGAAAGAGAGAGGUUUGUGGUUCCAACAGGGUAUCUUUCUCAUCCACUCUUCAAGAUGUUGCUGGAGAAAUCUUAUAAUGAAUUUGGUUUUGAACAAAGCAGUGGCUUAGUGGUUCCAUGCAGUGUGUCUGCGUUUCAAGAGAUUGUAAAUGCUGUUGAAUGUAGCAACAGGAGGUUUGAGUUUGGAAAAUUAGUAGAAGAGCUUAUUUAAUUAGAUUAAUAUUAGUGAAAUGGAGUUAUUCUCUGUAAUUGGAUAUUUGUAGUUAAUUUCACCAAUUUGUGUUUAGGAUGUAAUACUUAGCUCAUCAACUCUUUAAGCAAAUGUUUGAGCUAAUUUUUUGCAACUUUUUAGGUAGAUUCAUUA